CAACUUCCAUCUACACACCCAUCUCCAUCAAUACAAUUCUUAAUUACAUUUCCAAACUCAAUCCGAUGCUCUCAAAACAAUCAAAUUAAAUCCAAUCAAACCUCCACCACCUAUCAAUAUCCCAAAACAAUAUAUCCAUCCAAGUCAUCCAGAACCAUAACCUCAACAUACCAAUUAAACUAAAUCAAUCAUGAAAACUCCACUGCCUAUUCUCCUCCUCACCCUGACCCUCACCACCAACACCCUAGCUCGUAACUGUACGCCCGGAUUAAAUUAUUGCGGAAGAACACUCCUUAACAUUGGAAGUUAGUUAUCCUACUCCUUCUACCCAAAACCCCUGUCUCACCCCGCAUUCCCUAACUCCUCAUCCUCACCCUCACCCUCUCCUACCACAAAAUCCCUAACACAACCAAUCCUACAACCUAACCUACCCUAACCUAACAAACAACCCCCCCAGAAUACCAACCACAAAUCGAUCAAAGUCUCGCAGACGCACAUGUAGGCGAAGCAAACGGCGGAGCAGAUGAUUUAUUUCAUUGUGUGGGGGGAAGUAAUGGGGUGAUUCGUUUUGUGAAGUAUUGUGUUAAUGGGUGUAGAGAUGAGGGGAAGGGGGCUAGUGAUGUUUGUAAUUAGAUGGGGGUAAACAGAGGGAAAGGUGGGGGAGAGGGGAGCUGGGAGAUGGGAGGAGGGGAUAGAUGAGUGGAAAUGAAGGGGAGAAGGAGGGGGAUGGAUGGAUGGAUGGAUGGAUGGAUGGGUUGGGGAAUGGGUUGCGGAUGUGCAGGUGAAGGUGAAGGUGGAGGGCUUGAUGAAGAGCACUAGUAUGGGCACAUUUUAUCGGGGAUUAAAGUCAUACAUACAUACAUACAUUCAUUCAUUUUAGGAUUUACCUAUAUCUAUAACUCACACAUACAAAUUCAAAACAACUUUUA